AUGGUCAACAUCACAGACAAGAUCAAGGAGAUUGAGGAUGAGAUGAAGAGGACGCAGAAGAACAAGGCGACAGCAAACUCGCCCGACUCCGAGCGCAACUACUUGAACCCGGACCGGGAUCCGGCGGGGGCCCAGGAGCGGGAUUCGACGUCGGAAGUUGCAUCCUAUGCCUUCACGACUCUCACGGCUAUUCCCGGUGUGUUAGAGUACGAUGGCGCCGAGAUCCAACUUCUCGACCUGCCAGGUAUUAUCGAAGGUGCCGCUGAGGGCAAGGGACGUGGACGGCAGGUGAUUUCGGCGGCCAAGACAAGCGACAUGAUUCUCAUGGUGCUGGAUGCCACGAAACGGGCGGAGCAGAGGGCGCUUCUCGAAGCUGAACUCGAGGCUGUGGGUAUUCGUCUGAACAGGACACCUCCAAACAUCUACCUCAAGCCGAAAAAGGCCGGCGGAAUGAAAAUCACCUUCCAAUCCCCGCCCAAAUACCUCGACGAAAAAAUGAUCUACAACAUCCUCCGCGACUACAAGCUUCUCAACUGCGAAGUCCUAGUCCGGGACGAAAACUGCACCGUCGACGACCUCAUCGACGUCAUCAUGAAGGACCACCGCAAAUACAUCAAAUGCCUCUACGUCUACAACAAGAUCGACAGCGUGUCAGUCGAGUUCCUCGACCAGCUGGCGCGUGAGCCCAACACCGUCGUCAUGAGCUGCGAGCUCGACCUCGGCGUGCAGGAUGUCGUGGAUCGGUGCUGGAAGGAGUUGAACCUUAUCCGGAUAUACACCAAGAGGAAGGGCAUUGAGCCGAAUUUCGAAGAGGCGCUGAUUGUGAGGAAUGGAAGCACGAUUGAGGACGUGUGCGAUCAGAUUCACCGGACGAUGAAGGAUACGUUUAAGUAUGCGCUCGUGUGGGGUGCUAGCGCGAGGCAUGUGCCUCAGCGGACUGGGUUGGGACAUGUGGUUGCGGAUGGGGAUGUUGUGUAUAUCGUCAGUGGCUGGCGUGCGUGA